GAACUCUUGGAGUGACACGGCACCUCUUAUUCUUCUCCACUGUAGAUCCCAGCCAUCUGCGACUUUCUCAGCUCUCUCUCUCCGACGCAGAUAGCCACUGACACCAAAAACCCAGAAACCCAAAACAAUACCAAACCCCCCACAGCCCAUUUCAAUUCUCAAUGAUACUUCUACAAUCCCAUUCAAGAUUCCUCCUUGACACCUUGUUAAAUCGCCUCCAAAACAUUGAAAAAGCGGUGGAGCUGGACUACCAUUGGGCCGAGUUCGAUGACGUCCGGUACCACAUUCAGGUGACGAUGAAAAAUCCACACAUUGUGCUGCUUUCGGUUUCGCUGCCGACCCCACCUCCGGAAACUGUGUUCUUGAGUGGGCUUCCUGCUGGGGCUAUAGAGGCUAUAAAGGCUGCGUAUGGAUCAGUAGUGCAGAUUCUUGACCCACCUAGAGAUGGGUUUAAUCUUACAUUGAAGCUCAAUCUCUCUAAACUUCCUACAGAUGAAGAGUACAAACAUGCUCUUUUGGUAAAGAUUGCAUCCGUAAGGGAAGUGGUGCUAGGAGCUCCAUUGAGAGUAAUUCUGAAGCAGCUUACUUCGAGGACUGUUGCUUCCGAUAUUGAUCCACUUGUUGCUCUUGUGCACCGGCCAAAGGAAUCCUUUUUCCUUAUUCCUCAGGCAGAAAAGGUGACCGUGGUAUUUCCUAUGAGAUUCAAGGACUCUAUUGACAUUGUUCUUGCAACUUCCUUCCUGCAGGAAUUUGUGGAUGCAAGACGUACGGCUGGACUUAAUAAUGCUCCUUAUUGUAUGUGGUCUCCGACCCCUCCUUUAGAACUAAAGGGAGCUCCUGAUGAAGCUCUAUCUGUCAAUGCGGGAUUUGUCACUUUUGUUGUUUUACCUCGUCAUGUGGAAGGCAAGAAACUGGAUCGGACAGUUUGGAGUUUAUCAACUUUCCAUGCAUAUGUUAGUUAUCAUGUUAAGUGUUCAGAGGGAUUCAUGCAUACAAGGAUGCGACGUCGUGUAGAAUCUUUGAUUGAGGCUCUUGAUCGUGCUAAGCCUGGAAUGGAGAAUGCAAGGAAUAAUGCAGCACAGAAUAGAUCCUUUAAACGGCUGAGCCUCAAGGAAGCUAGGAACCAUUCUUUUAAUUAAUAAAGGUGCGGUUGCCAGAUAGUGAGAAGGACGUACACCUUGGAUGCAAUGAAAUAUUGUCAUCAAAAGAACUGCUCGAGGAUAUGCAGGAAUUGUGUCUGCUGCAAAUGCAAGUGAGUGCAAGUGCUUGUAUUUUAUCCCUCUAGUAGAAAAAGAGAAUACAUUUAGUUAUUAAUGGGUUAGUAGUUGGUCCUAUGUGAACCAGUAAAUGUUAUUUUGUUCAAGGCAAUAUUGAGUUGAUAGGUUAAAAUGACAUGCUAAAAUGGGUGGGGAUGGGUUCUAGGGUUUAGCUGCUAUAUAUGUGAUUUUGUAUUAGGUGAUUUUGAUAAUCAGAACUCGUU